AUGGCCACUAUAUCUGUGCCCAACCCGAGGAAUCCGGCUAACGAUGGCAAAUAUAUCGGGGAGUGCAGCAAGCUCGCCUUGAUGCCGUGGAGGAUAGAUACGCGCAUACUGGGCUACCCAGAUCCAGAGGUCCGCUUACGAGCGAGGAGAGUGAUGUUAUCGAUCAACCAGUUCAUCUACAUCAAGUCUGAGUCUGUCAACCUGCGACCUAUAUUCCACGCUUCCCAGGUCCCGAUUGCUGCUCUGACGCUCGGAAGAUAUGCCCGAGGCCGCGUGGAAGAGCUCUCCGAAUUCUUCAUCGUCACCCAUCAGAUCGAGAGGCUAGGAGGCGUCUGCUCUUCGAUAACAAGCACCGCAAAGCCAUGGGGCCGGACUCACCGGUCCCUCGAGAGGCUUGAUCUGAUUGUUCACGGCCGCCCUCGACUGCAGGAAUUCGUCAUUCUCCGCAGGGAUCUUGCCCUUUUCUGCAAGGCUCUUGAUGGCGCUGACAGCGGUUAUCAUCGCUUUGGGGCAUGUACCCGGCAUACACUUACGGUCCACGACAAUAAACCUGCCGAAGACAUUCCGGUCUUGGACCCGUCAAAUUUUCUGAAGCCCUACCUGGAUACACUCCACGGUUUUAAGGACUUCACCAUCCAUGGCAGUAUAAAGCCGGACGUGGCCCGGGACAUCGAGACGAGCGUGAGCGGUCAAAUCGCAACGCCCCGGAUUCAGGACAUCCUUGAAGAUGUGAAUCGCAAGAUGAGCCAAGCCGAUGGAUAUCUGAACCUCGAACGGCCCAUACAAGCCGCUCACACCUACGCGAGGGCGUCGCAAGGACUGGUCUGGCUGUACAGCAGAGGUAUUCUUCCACGCGGAACCGAUUUCUCGCCUUGUCCGGAACUAGCCGAGCUGUUCUUCGAGCUGGACCUGCGACAGGCCGAGGCAUGGUUGAUCGUGAUGCAGAAGAGGCAUGACGCCGCCGAGGGCGUCAUACGAAGCAUGCCUGAAAAGGCACAGUCCCGCGGCGACCAUCUCGAGGACCGAGGCGACCCGACGAAGUACUCGAGCCUAGUGGACCUCGUACAUGGCACCGUAAUCCACCAAAUCCCCCCGCCGCUCGAGCACAGGCCGAGUCUCCACCAGGCCGCCACCCAGCUGUAUCACACGGUGAAGGCCGAGCGGCUCGGCGACCGCGGGACCGUGUUUACCUGGACAAAUAUUAACAAUGCUCUUCGCAUGGCGCCGGACGAUGAUGAGAUCCGCCGUGAAGCUGAAUUGAUUCGUAGGCGCAUGUCGCCCUGGACUCUGCGAUGGAUACCAGAGUGA